AUGAGGAAGCUCUUCAGCUUCGGGGGACGCCUGGGCCAGGCGUUCCGGGGCUCCACCGACGACGAGUACUCCGGUCCCGGGUACCACGUCCGGGACUGGGAGCUGCGGAAGAUGCACAGGGCGGCCUUCCGGGGCGAUGCUGCGGCGGUGGAGCGCUGCCUGAGGGGCAGGAGCCGGGAUGUGGACGCCCGCGACAGGAAGGACAGGACUGCUCUGCAUUUGGCCUGUGCUUAUGGCCAUGUGGAAGUUGUCAGUCUGUUAGUGAGCAGACAAUGCCAGAUUGACAUCGGUGACAGACUUAACAGGACACCUUUAAUGAAGGCUGUACACGGCCAGGAGGAGAAUUGUUCCAUUUCUCUGCUGAAACACGGUGCCAAUCCAAGCAUUCAAGAUGUCUACGGCAACACUGCCCUUCAUUAUGCUAUAUAUAAUAAGGGGACUUCACUGGCAGAAAAACUUCUUUCCCACCGUGCAAAUAUUGAAGCAAUAAACAAGGAGGGAAACACACCUCUUUUGCUAGCUGUAAUUUGCAAGAAACAGCAAAUGGUGGAAUUUUUGGUAAAAAAUGGGGCAAAUGUACAUGCAGUUGAUAAUUUCAGAAGAACAGCCCUCAUGCUUGCCGUCCAUCAUAACUUUCCAAGCAUAGUCAGAUUUCUCCUUGAACAAAAUAUUAACAUCUUUUCUCAAGAUAUAUUUAAACAAAAUGCAGAAGAUUAUGCUAUUUGUUGUGAUAUGAUAAGCAUUCAACAACAAAUUUCAGAACAUAAAAAUAAGAUACUUAAAAAUCGUCUGCGAAAUAACAAUCGAGAAGCAGCAGCCAUGAAGAAUGAAAGUUUUAAAAGAGGAGCAGCAAGUUCAAAAGUCGCUCUUGUUACCCAGGCUGGAGUGCAAUGGCGCGAUCUCGGCUCACCGCAACCUCCACCUCCUGGGUUCAGGCAAUUCUCCUGCCUCAGCCUCCUGAGUAGCUGGGAUUACAGGCACGCGCCACCAUCUAGCAGCAAAGAGGAUAGACAUGCAAAGACAUCAGAACAUGACUUAAAAGUGGCUUCAGAGGAAAGGCAAGAAAGUCUUGAAAGAAGUGAAAACCAACAGCCACAGGAGUGUCAACAUUAUGGAAAAAAGAAGGAUGUGAAGUCUGAAAACUGCAUGUUGAAGAAAGAUAUUGCCAUACUCAGACAAAAAGUAUAUGCAAUGAAAAAUGACAGUCUCCAAAAGGAAAAGGAAUAUAUUCAGGAAAUUAUAAGUAUUAAAGAAACAAAUACUAACUUUCAAAAGAGCGUAGGACUCAAUGAGGAAAUGAUAACAAAAACAAUGUCCCAGUAUUGUCAACAGCUUAAUGAUCUCCAAGCUGAGAAUACAAGGCUGAAUUCAAAACUGGAGAAGGAAAAACACAGCAAGAAAAGACUGGAAGCUGAAGUUGAUUCCCUCUAUUCUAGACUGGCUGUUGUUGUAAAUGAGCACAAAGAAAGUAUGCAAACAAAGGACCUAGAACUUACUUUACAAAGAGCAAAAGAUAUUUGUUUACAAGAAAUAACAAGUUCUAAUAUUUCUCAACUAAAGGAUAAGAACAAGUUGCUUACUGUGCUACUUUCUAAAGCUCGAAUGAAGUUUAAUACCUUAAAAGGUAAGCUCCACAAGACAAGAGAUGCUCUCAGGGAAAAGACGUUGGCUUUAGAAAGUGUAGAGAUGGACCGAAGGGAAGCACAGCAUCGAAUAAAGGAAAUGAAACAGAUGCAUCCAAAUAAAGAAGCUAAAAAGAACCAAUUCAUGCUAAAGCAGAACUGUGAAGAGAGAAUAUGUCAACUAGAACGUGAAAAUCUCUUGCUUGAACGACAACUAGAGGUUGCUCAUAAGGAUGGCAGUAAUAAAGAGAUAGUAAUUAAUAUCGAAGGAGGCUGUCUUGAGAGUGGAAAGGAAGAUUUUCUUGAAGAGAAAAAUAAGGAAUUAAUGAAUGAAUAUAAUUAUUUAAAAGAAAAACUGUUUCAGUAUGAAAAAGAAGAAGCAGAAGAAGUGACUACGAGACAACUUUCAGAAGAACUGGCUGAUAACCUUAAAAAAUUAUCUAUGUCAGAGUCUCCACUAGAAGGUACAUCACAUUGUCACAUUAAUUUGGAUAAGACAUAUGCCUCAAAGAAGAAAUUUCAAGUGGAAGUUGCACCUGAAGGACUAAAUGAAGAAUUAAGAAAACUUUUUGAGUUAGUAUCAUCACUGGAGUAUAAUGUGAAUCAAAUAAGAAAGAAAAAUAAUGAAUUAGAAGAAGAGAGAACUGGAUAUAAGAAACUCCUAGAGAUGACAAUAAAUAUGUUAAAUGUAUUUGGAAACGAAGAGUUAAGUUUCCACGGAGACUUAAAAACAGAUCAACUGAAAAUGAAUAUUCUGAUGAAUAAGCUAAAACAUAAGUUUGAUGAUCUUAUAGCAGAGAAGGAAGCUGUAUCUUCAAAACAUGUCAGUUUGGCUAAAGACAAUCAAGUUAUUCAGCAGGAGUUAUUAUCUAUGAGAAAAGUACAACAGGAAUGUGAAAAACUUGAGGAAGAUAAAAAGAUGUUAGAAGAAGAAAUACUAAAUCUUAAGACACAUAUGAAAAACAAUAUGAUAGAACUUGAUAAAGUACAAGAAUAUACAUCGGAGCUAGAAAAAAGAACAAUACAGGCAAUGGACAAAUUAGAAGAAACCCAUUUACAGAAACAAGCAGAAUAUGAAAAACAAUUAGAGCAGUUAAACAAGGAUAAUACAGCUUCACUAAAUAAGAAGAAACUCAUACUUAACGAUUUGGAAUGUAAACUCUCCAAAAUGAAAACUGCUUAUGAAGAGGUUACAACUGAAUUAGAAGAAUAUAAGGAAGCCUUUGCAUUAGGAUUAAAAGCUAACAAUUCCAUUUCAAAAAAAAUUAAUGAAGUAGUGGGUGAAAUGUACAAGGGUGAAACCUGA